GACGCUCUCACAAGUUUCAGCUAUAGCCCAAGAUUCUCAGUCCUCAAACAAAUAAAGAAAGAGAGAGAUUGGAUUUGGGGUUUUGAAUUGAUUCUGAACCCGCUUGAGCUUAUUUUAUUUUAUUUUAUUUUUCUCUCUUAGCAAAAUAGCGCUUCAACCCAACAAAUCGGUUAAGUUUCUGGAGCAACGUGUUUCUAGUUGUCAUUAUGGUAAUAGACACCUUGGUUCAAGGUUUCUGUGGCAAACUUAGCAAGUGAUGUUAUUUUUAUGGUCAUUGUUCCUCAAAUACUAAAAUGUGGAGUUUUGCAUCCAAUUGCAUAGCUGGAAAUAUUGGACUGAAAAAUGACUCUAUUAACCAAACCCAAGCUGCUUCUGAAUGCUCUGAUGAUGAGGCUUCUUCUAUUGCUAGCAGAGAGGAAGGACUAGAGUGCCCAAUAUGCUGGGAAUCCUUUAACAUCGUUGAAAAUGUACCGUAUGUCUUAUGGUGUGGCCAUACCCUUUGUAAAAAUUGCAUUCUGGGACUGCAAUGGGCUGUUGUGAAAUUUCCCACUCUACCAAUUCAGCUUCCACUCUUUAUCUCCUGCCCAUGGUGCAAUCUCUUAUCCUUCCGUCUGGUUUACAGGGGAAAUCUCAAGUUUCCUCGCAAGAAUUACUUUCUUCUCUGGAUGGUUGAGAGCAUGCAUGGUGACAGAGUGAAGUCUCAUUCUUCCUUCGCUAGGGAUCAACAAUCACUCUGGCCUACAAAUGGAAAUUUGCCAAUGGGAGGUCAAGUAAGCAAUGGUAACCUCAGGAGGGGACAAUAUAUUCGUCAUCCUGAGCCACCAGGAUCCCACCAUGACCAUGGUCGUCUCAGUAAUUAUCUCAGUGUGGAGACGUUACACUCUUCCCUUCGGAAGUCGCUGAUUUUCUUUGUUCAUUUGACGGCUAAAUUCCCGUUGGUUGUUAUAUUUCUUCUGAUCGUCCUCUAUGCAAUACCUGCUAGUGCAGCCAUCUUGGCUUUGUACAUACUUGUCACAGUUCUGUUUGCUCUCCCGUCAUUUCUCGUUCUGUACUUUGCAUAUCCUAGUCUGGAUUGGCUUGUGAGAGAAAUCAUCACUUGAGAUGCUAUUCGGGGUUUGCAAGUGCUGUGAAUAGA